GCACGUCAUGGGGGCCAGCGUGAGACCUAUAUAAAGCGCUGCAGCCGCCCCAGCCAAAACUGAACACAGGCAGCCAACCGGUAGAAACGGAUCUUUAUGAAGCCUUAAGUAAUCCCGACAUCUGCCUGAAGUUUGAGACACUUUAGAACAAACGACUCAUUCGCUGUAAGAAACAGCAGAACUCCAAAAAUGAUGGAUCACUCAAAUGAGACCACAACGGCCAGCCGCACGGCGAAGAUUGCAAGUGACUCCGAGGACAACGAGUACCUGUACAUUUUAAUCGUCAUGUCUUUCUACGGAGUCUUCCUCCUGGGGAUAGUGUUGGGCUACAUCAAGUCCAAGAGACAAGAGCGGAAAGAUGGCAGGCUGUUCCUGUACGAUGACCGGGGGGAGUGGGCUGGGCUGAAAGCGGUGCACAUGCCCCUGGUGUUCAGUGCCUUGCCAGAGAGCGUGGUGCCCGCGCUGACUUGUGCCAUGUGCACCAUGGAGAGCAGCGCCAGCUCAGAGACGGCACAGGAGGACCUCCAAGUGACCAUCCCAGAGGAGGUCGGUGGGACUGAGAGCCUGCUGAGUGACAUCUCCACCAGCACCGAGCGCAACCCUCAACCCCCUACUGAAAGCCCCUGCUCAAACUUUUUGAAUGGAAUGGCCUGAUCAGAAAGCCAGGGCAUGGCUGAAGUUACCGUUUGAAGGGCGGAUGCUGGCCAAAUCCUGGAGGAUUGGGACUGGGCUGAGUCGUGACCGAACAGAGACUGCUGCUUGCCCAAAUUUUCCAGCUCGGUCCAAUUGUACACACGCACAUACAGUAUCAAAGGUUCGUUUUUCAAAACAAAUAUGGACACAUCUCCUUUCCCCCAAAAAAGAUGCUUUUGCAAUUGCACUUAUUAGGCAAGUUCAAACAUAUUUGCACAGAUGGCAGCAAGAAUAUACAAGAAUAUAAUAAGCAUAUUAUGACAUCCCAUCAUAGAACACCAUUGCUAUUUCACAGAUUGUUAUUAUUUUAGGUUAUGUGGUAAUGGAAGUUUUUUGUAAAAAAUAUCAGUUACCUGUGGACAAUAUGCCUUUGUCUGCUGAAUUUUUUUUAAAUGUAGGAUGUGCUGAGGGGACUGAACAAUACACUCUUCAGUCUGGGAUGAAAUUUAAAAGCGGCGUCCGGGGAAAAUGCUGCUUUAAAAUCCCACACGCCACCAGCCUGGGAAGCACUUGAAAACUGUAGAACCUCCCAGAUAAAGUUGGAAUCUGCCAGAAUUUCCAUGAAGUCUUCUAUCGUUUUUAAAUUAAUUUGUAAAUAAUGUAAAUAAGUUAAACUGUAAAGAAUGUGUAAAUAUUUAUUACUGAGUUGGAUUAAAACAAUCUGAAGUUAAAACCAA